UGGCCGCGGUUGCCAAGCAGCCACAGGACACCGCGCUCCGCACCUCGGCCGCACAACCAACACCGUCUGACUUAGGGAGCGAGGUGGAGAAAGCUGUCCGGGAUCCGGGACCCGCUGCCAUCAAGAACUGCGAACAGGAGGGUUCAUUUCGGGAAGUCUGAGGAAAUAACACAUUAGGGAAACGCGGGAAACGCUGCGAGCGGCAAUGACGGCCGCUGUCAGUCUAGCGCGGCCGGCCCAAACGGGCCAGACUGUGAUCCCCUUCGUGAAGGGGCCCGAGGACCGACACUCCUUCACCAGCUUCCAGGACCAGAACAACGUCGCCUUCGCCAAGUGGACCCCUCAUGCAGCACCGACUGAAGACUUGUAUCCGCUGGCGCCUCACCGGCAAGAUGUGCCACUGCUCGACCCCAUUUCGGGCUUCAAGAGCGUGGGCUGGAGCGCGGCGUCAGGCAGCCCCCGGCUCCCUGGCGCCUCUUUCAACACGGCACCGGGCGGCGACUGCCGAGCUCGCACCGCUAUUCCCGUUAGCAUGCGACCUCUACUGCGCGACGUAGCGGCCCAGGCCCGCUGGAACUCGAAAUCGGUGUCGACUGCAGCCAUCCGAGCGAGAGUGGGAGGCUGGACGAGCCCAGUCCGAGUGACGCCAACACCACACUCAUCUCCUGUUAAUCUGCAAACUCAUACUUUAAGUUUCAAUGUGGAUCCUACAGAUCAGACUACCAGUGAUCCAACAUCUGACAGUACAAGAGACACAAAAGCAAAAAGAUACAUGUACACUACAACUACUCAGAGGAGUUAUGAGGAUGUUAAUUGGGACUGUAAGUUACCACCCAAAGUCAAGCUGGCAGAGGCAACACAGGAUGUACAAUCUGACCCUUUGUCUCGGCAUUCUACUCUAAAAAGAUUUGAUCCAAGUCCUCAUGUGUGGCAGGCAGUGGGUGGACUCGGAAUCUGGGACAAAUCUCAAUCCCGACCUUCAAGUGCUUUAGCAAAACCAGUCAAUUUUACAAGUCCUUUUCCCAGAAUUCAACAGAUUCCACUCUAUAGUGGCUCUAUUGCUGGCAAUAACCUUGAAGAUGUGGAUAAUCCCUACACUGAAUUUAUCCCCUUUACUGUUCUUCGAACCAAAAAACCACGACAAACAGAUGCAAAUUAUUGCCCAGAUAUCCCUGGUUAUACAGGUAAAAGGCAAUGGUCUAACAUAGAAUCUAAUAAAUCCAACGUUUCAAGAAUGUUCCACGUACCUCCUGAGCAAGUACAAGGAAUUCCACAAGACACUGAGAAGCAGUCAAAAUAUAGGCAUCAAUCACCACUAUCUAAGAUGGUGACAACAGUUCCACCUUACAAUCCCUUUAAUUCAGUAACACCGAAAGCACUUCUAAAUCAGUUUGUUUAAAACUAUUAUAAGAAAUGACAUCUGUGUAGGAGAUUUAUAUGACAAUUACAACUGCAUAUAGAUUUAAUAAUUUUUAAAACUGGAAAUGAAAUUAUUCAUUUUUAAAAAUUUUCUUUUUUGUUCCAUCAGUUUUCUUUCCUUUGUUUCUGAAGGGAUUUGCUAUGUUUAGCUUUACCAGUGCAGCAGUAAUCUAAUGUUAUUACACCAAUGCCAAUUCUUCAUCUCUAAAUCUGAGUAGUAAAUUUUGGGCAAUUUAUUCAACAGUUGGAGGCAAUGUCGCCCAACUUGAUUUUCAAAUCUAUACAUGCAUAUGCUACAAUACGAUGGAGCUUGGAGUAUGUUCAAACUAAAACAUAGAAACACAAAUGUCAGAUUUUGCUGGAAGGAUAAUGAUAUAUUAGAAGUGUGCACAUUACUAACGAGCAAUGUUAACAUUUGACAGAAGGAGAAACAUGCAUCAUUUGCAAAUCUCUCCAAAGAGCUGCUUGUCAUUUGAUGUAUCUCCAAGAUUAGUCUUACUCACUUGCAUGCUGACUUCAAAGUUAUAGAAACAUAGAAAACCUACAGCACAAUAUAGGCCCUUCAGCCCACAUAUCCUUGUGCCAAACAUGUACUUACCUUAAAAAUUACCUGAGGGUUACCCAUAGCCCUCUAUUUUCCUAAACUCUAUGUAGCUAUCCAGGAGUCUCUUAAAAGACCCUAUCGUAUCUGCCUCCACCACCGUUGCCAACAGCCCAUUCCAUGCACUCACCACCCUCUGCAUAAAAAAAACUUACCCCUGACAUCUCCUCUGUACCUGCUUCCAAGCACCUUAAAACUGUGCCGUCUCAUGCUAGCCAUCUCAGCCCUGGGAAAAAGUCUCUGACUAUCCACACGAUCAAUUCCUAUCAUCAUCUUGUACACCUCUAUCAGAUGACCUCUCAUCCUCCGUCGCUCCAAGAGUUCACUCAACCUAUUCUCAUGAGGCAUACUUGCCAAUCCAGGCAACAUCCUUGUAAAUAUCCUCUGCACCCUUGCUAUGGCUUUCAUCCUUCCUGUAGUGAAGCGACCAGAACUGAGCACAGUACUCCAAGUGGGGUCUGACCAGGGUCCUAUGUAGCUGCCACAUUACCUCUCGGCUCUUAAGUUCAAUCCCACGAUUGAUGAAGGCCAAUGUACCAUAUGCCCUCUUAACCACAGAGUCAAUCUGCGCAGUAGCUUUGAGUGUCCUUUGAACUCGAACCCCAAGAUCCCUCUGGUCUUCCACACUGCCAAGAGUCUUGCCAUUAACACUAUUAUUCUGGUAAAGAACUUGACAUAAUAGGAGCAGUUACUUUUGUGGAACACACUAGCAGGUUGUUGAAAUGUAUACACUGACCUGGUGGUGAUUGUGUUUGAAUCCUUAUAAACUCAACCACUAUGCACAAUAAUAAACAGUUGAGUUUGUGAAGAUACUAUUCCAUGUUUGUGAGGGUUAUCUUGUUUAUAGCAAUCAGUGACUAUUUGACCUUAUGAUUUGAAUCCAUUUGUUUUUAACCGUAUGCUUUGGAACUAGAUUUGACUCACUCCAGUGUACAGGAAUAGGAAGUCCUGUGUAUGGUAUAUUAUUUAUUUUCGUUGUAUUGAGCACUAGGUUGUUUUGUGCAUCUGGCACUUUACAAUGUGGUUUUAAUUGGAACCCUGUCUAUGGAAAGAAGAAGAAUAUAAGUACUUCCCAGAAGAUUUUCCAUCCUUGGGAUACUAUUUUCACAGCUCAUUGUUUUGAAGCAAUAUCAACCAAGUCUUUGGAUAUUAUUCCAGUUUUCCUGCUCUGAUAAAAAUUGAUAUUUCAGUCUAACAUGUGCUGUCACUACUGUGAUAACCAAGUUUGCUUAAUUUUCUUGAAUAGAAUUCAGUGCCGAAGUUGACUGUAACUCCUCACUAUGGUAGGGCAGAGGUUUUUAAUUAAAUAAUUCAGAAGUGUUCAAUUAACUUUUAUUGGUUUUGACAACUGGCUGUCAAAGUUGUUUUAAUUUAUUUUGUGAGUGUCUUAUGUUGUGCCUCCAAGUCUGACAUGAUGCUAUCAGAUCAGAUUAUCUACAGUAUAUUAUCUCACAAUGGGGGAAUCCAGCUAUUUCUCCAGUACAACCUUUGGUUGUAUGGAAACUAAGUCUGAAGUUUAUUUUGAAGACAAAACCAUGUAUGAGCCAACUCUGCUGAUGUCACUCUUGCAGAAUCAAAUGAGAAUGUAAGGUUUUAGAGAAUGGCCAUCCACACCAUCUAGUGACUAAUGAAAUUAAAUUAUUGAUCCAAAAUCAAUCCAAUAUUUACUGAAUGACUGUGUCCCUUGCA